GGUGGACCAGGCGGUGCACGGGACGACCCGGACGCGAAAGGGGUGGGAGCUUCCGUUCUUUGUUCUGCCCCCUGUGUGGUUCCGCGGCGGGGUCCAGUAGGGCCUGAUCCCAGCCCAGGCAUUGGCAUUAACUGAAGAUAGAAGUGCCAGGAAUUGAACAGAAACUGCCAGAUUCUACUCUGGCCUUCUGGGGACCGACUCCAAAGAAGGAAGGAAAGGGUCCACCAGUGCUUCCUCACUCUCUGAGCCUGCUUCCUGCUGAGUCUGCAGAUAGGAGACUAACCGAGCGCCCAGCCCGACCCAUGGAAACUCAGGCUGACCAUGUACCUCAGGAACCUCAGGCUUUGCUGGAGAGUGGUGAGAAUAGGGGGUCAUUCUUUAAACAACUUUCUAAAGAAAAACUUGUGAGAACUCUGGAUCCUUCUGCCUCAGCCUCCCAAGUGCUGGGAUUACAGCUCUUCCUUCCUCCAAAGUUCCUGCCUUUCCUGACAAGGACAGCCUUGGGGACAAAGUGUUGGCAGCUGCACUCCUGAAAGCCAAGUCUCAGGAAUUGGUGACAUUUGAGGAUGUGGCUGUGUACUUCAUCCGGGAGGAGUGGAAGCGAUUGGAGCCUGCGCAGAGGAGUCUGUACAGAGAUGUGAUGCUGGAGAAUUACAGGAACGUGUUCUCACUGGAUGGUGAAUCAAGAACUGAAAGUGAUGAAGGAAUUUCCGAAGCUGCAGGAUCCCCUGGAAUGCUAUUGGGGAGGUUCCAGAAGGAUAUUGCUCAGGGUUUUAAGUUUGAAGAAGCUUAUGGACAAGAACUCAGUCUCAAGAGGCAGCUAGGGAACCCGACUGGUGAGAGACUGAGCAGGACAAUGCAGGAGUUGGGUCAAGUGCCAGGUGUGGAAAAGCUGGUCCCCGCAGCGGGGAGAAGCGAGAAGUACCGCGAGUUCCGGAGCAGCCUCCUCUCUCAGCAGCGACUUCCUGCGGGGGACAGACCCCAUAAGUGUGACGAAUGUAGCAAGAGCUUUAACCGAACUUCGGACCUCAUCCAGCACCAGCGGAUCCACACUGGGGAGAAGCCGUACGAGUGCAGUGAGUGUGGCAAGGCCUUCAGCCAGAGCUCGCACCUCAUCCAGCACCAGCGCAUCCACACGGGCGAGAAGCCCUACGAGUGCCAGGACUGCGGGAAGAGCUUCAGCUGCAGCUCCGCCCUCAUCCUGCACCGGAGGAUCCACACCGGUGAGAAGCCGUAUGAGUGCCACGAGUGUGGCAAGACCUUCAGCUGGAGCUCGACGCUCACCCACCACCAGCGCAUCCACACCGGCGAGAAGCCCUACGCCUGCAAUGAGUGUGGGAAAGCCUUCAGCAGGAGCUCCACGCUCAUCCACCACCAGAGAAUCCACACUGGAGAGAAACCCUAUGAAUGUAAUGAGUGCGGCAAGGCCUUCAGCCAGAGCUCGCACCUCUACCAGCACCAACGCAUCCACACUGGAGAGAAGCCGUACGAAUGUAUGGAGUGCGGGGGGAAGUUCACCUACAGCUCAGGCCUUAUUCAGCAUCAGAGAAUCCACACUGGGGAGAAUCCCUACGAAUGUAGUGAGUGUGGGAAAGCCUUCAGGUAUAGCUCGGCACUUGUCCGACACCAGAGGAUCCACACUGGAGAGAAACCUCUGAAUGGAAUGAGUCUGAGAAAAAGUUCUCUCGGGGUUCCUGCUGAAUUAAGUGGCCAAGUGUCUACGUGAAAGAAAGCCACAUGCCUGACUGCCUCACUGCCCGGGUGGCAAAGGUGCUGGCUUUAUAAACAACUUAGGCAUGCCCUUCCACCUCACACCUUUCACUUCAGAGAAUGAAUGGGUGGAUUGGGGAAGUCCUGGCACACUGAUUGGCAGACAAUGCCAGCCUUGGAAGGUUGUGACAACAGAUUAAGGGCUGGAGGUGGAAGGAGGCUUUGGGGACCCCUUUUUGGAAGGGUGUUUGCACUAAAACAUUGUUCUCACAUCACAGAAGCCUUCUUUCCCAAGGUAGGGAUGCAGGCGUACUAGAAAAGAGAUGUCAAAGAAUUUACUCGUCAGUAGAGUGAGCACAAAAGGCAGUGGAAAGAAUGUUCUGGGUCCUGAUUGCUUGGAGGAGGACAGAGGCUGGAUCUUAAAGCCAUUGUCCCCAUCCAGCCUCAAGAUUUGGCAAGGAACAUGCUGUUUUGUUUUCUGUUUUGGCAAAUAGUACAAACUUGGUGCUGAGGAAUUUAAUUUAUUGAAAAAAACCAAAAAGAUUGCUGUAUUGUAUCUUUAAGUGCUCUUGGAGCAGGAAGACCCCAUUUCCGAGGGCAGUCCUAGGCCCUCCUGUUGUGGAACCGACUAGGCAGUCCAUCUGCAGCAAAUAACCUGAGGGGGGUCAGGAGCCUUAGCUUUGGCCUUCCUUCUGUCCUUCCCUCCUGGGGUGAAAAGUGAUUCAGUGGUAACCUCUCCUUGCUAAGGAUGCCCACUCAGCUAGCAUGCCCCAUUCUGUCCCUUCUAACACCUAGCUGUAGCUCAACCUCUUCUGACCUCACCCACCUAGGAUGAAUGUAAAUAGAGCAAGUCCCAGAGAAGGCAGGCACCUGGGGUGGGGCUCUUCGAGGGUUAGGGUGGUGCCUCUGGAGUGUCACUGCCACCUGCCACCUUGUUUUCCACCUGCUCCUGCUGUAGCGUGAAUGAAGUGCACUAUUAAAAUGAUAGUUUUUCAGAA